AUGGAUGUCAUUUUAUUUGGUUGUUUCUUCGCGUUAGCUAUUGUUGUUUUUCUAUGUUUAGCUGUGCUGGGAUUUGCCGUGUACCUGUUUUGCGAACAUCGGCGUUUUGCCCAUCUACCAGGACCAGAAAGGAGUAAUUUUUGGCUAGGCAGUGCAAAAGAUAUCGCAACGUACCGCAAAGCGGGCAAGACAUUCUACGACUAUUUUCUAGCUCAAGCUAUUCAACAUGGCAACGUAUUUGUCGUUUUUAUAUGCCACAAAGCGAUCGUUUUUGUCUCAGAACCUUCGAUAAUCCGCAAGCUGCUGCUAAGACAUCAUUUGGUGCUGCCAAAAGACCCCAAAGUGUACCGAAAACUGGGUUUUGUUUGCGGACAACCGAUAGCAGGGCACGGUCUGGUUACAAAUACCGACGUUUAUAAUAAUAAUAAAAAGAUUGAUCUUUUUAGAAAUUAUCUUUCUGAUCGUACUCAAUUAACAGUUAACAACAUACGGUCUGAUACUCGUAAAGUACCGUGUGGUGUUCCUCAGGGGUCUGUUCUAGGUCCACUACGGUUCCUAAUAUACAGUAUAUAA